AUGGCGGAAACAGCAGAUAUAUCGACCUCGGUCCCUGAGGAAGAAGAGUCCUCAGAGGGAGCGAAUGCGCCCAAAGAGAAGAAAUCAGGUGGCGAAUCGUCCAGCGGAGGCUUUAAUGUGGAUGCUCCAGCUUUCAAACCCAGGGCGGACACCACCGGGGUGGAGGAUAUCAUGCCCAAGUUGUCGCAGCGCCACAAGCAGAAUCUGCGUGGCUUCUAUCAGGCCUACAAUGGCGAGUAUGUCAGCUAUUACGUAGGUGUCCUGAAGACUUUUAAUGCCAAGAAUGGAUACGGCUUCGUUGAGUGUAAGCAGGCCAAAGAGGAUUGGGGCGUUGACGUAUUUGUUCACAAAAAUAACGUUCCAACACCCUGGACGCUUGGGCAGCCUGUGGAAUUUGCAGUGCAAGUGAAUCUCAAGGGCCAACCACAGGCUUAUGACUGCAAUUGGCUGCCUCGCUUGCCGCAGACCAACGCGGUUACCCCUGGGACCACGCCUGGGUUGCCAGGAAAGGGCCGGGCUCAACAAGGCCCUGGAUCUGCCCCUGGAUCUGCCCCUGGAUCUGGCCCUGUAUCUGCGGCCGGUGCGCAGGCAGCUGCCUCGGACAAGCCCGAAGAGGAAACACUGUCCAAUGAACCUCGAAGGCUGGGGACCCUGAAGAGUUUUUCUUCGCAACACGGUUAUGGCUUCAUUUCCUGCCCCGAGACCAAUCAGGCAUACAAAAGGGAUGUCUACCUGGACAAAAGCCAAGUGGGCGAAAGUUGGCAGUGGAAUCAACUCCUGGAAUUCUCCGUCUCCUUUAACGAGCGGGGGCAACCGCAGGCAAGGCAUGUGAAUUGGGACCCAGUUCCGCUCAUCGGCACAGACGCCCGUGAUGUGAAGAGGAAUUUCGCCCCGAAGACCCUUGACCAGCUGAAGCGGCUCUUAAAGCUGCUGCAUGAGAAGAAUAACGAGACGGCGGUGGUCACAGCCAUCGACUUGCAGGGCGGGUCGGGAGCAGAGCAAAGUCAGGAGGAUCCAGAUGUGGAUUACCUCUUCUUUGUGCUGGACCGCUUCAGCAGCAAGGAAGAAACCAUCAAGAGCAUCAAGGAUUUCGUGAAGAUGCUGUUUGUCCUGAUGUUGUCGCGCACACUCAAGUUGCAGAAGUCCAGAACCAAAACCCUGAGACUCAUCGAGUGGUUCGAGGCCGCAUCCUCGAAGAUUCAGAUGCAAAGUGAGGCCAUCCAACCUCACAUUCAGGAUGUGCUGCGUCAGAUCAACCAACACAUCAUGGGCGCGGCUCAGGAGAAUGUGGAGCUACAGGACAAGGCAGCGAAUGGGAAAGUGCUGGCUCCACUUUUUGUAAAAUAG